GUGGGACAUCCAUCCAUCCCUCCAUCCAUCCCUCCACCCCUCCAUCCACCCGCCCGGACGAACGCGCUCCAUCUCUGCGGCUCCCACGGUCACAGCAUGCGGAAGAAGAGCCAGGCGGGUCUUGAGGAGCUUCUGUGGCUGCAGUAGAUCUUUGUUUGGGGAGGCGGGCGGGGGAUCUGACGGGGACCCGCUCGGUAACGGAGGACUCGACCUACAGAGGGAUCGCGCGCACGGACAGGAUGAGCGGCGCGCGCCUCGCCCUGCACGGGCUGCUGCUCUGCGUGGUCCUCGGCGUGCAGCACCAGCUGCUGCCCGGCUCCUGCAACUUUGAGCUGGGCACCUGUGGCUACACAUCAGACCCCGAGUACGGCAGCUGGAGCAUGAAUGAAGAAGGGCGUUUGAUAACGGUGGACUCGGCCUCCUUAAACGACCAGGAGCAGGCGGUUCUAGCGAGUCCACCUCUGGACCAUGAGGACUGGCGCUGCGUGCGGCUGGUGUACCAGAUCACUGGAGGAGGUUCCCUGCAGCUCCACCUCCGACCCGAUGGAGAUAAUUUUGACUAUCCACUGUGGACAGCCGGCCGAGCCUCUGACAGCUGGCUCAUUGCCAGUGUGGACCUAGCAAACACCACGACCCCCUACCAGAUUUUGCUGGGGGGUCGACCUGAACGCGGUUCGGGGAACAGCGUGGCCAUCUUUGAAAUUCACAUUGUUCCUGGUUACUGCAUGGAGUGCGAUUUUGAGGAGCAUCACUUGUGCGGCUACAGUAACAGCUGGAACCCAAACGUCAACUGGUACGUUGGAGGGAGAGUGGCCAGAGAGCCUGAGUCUAACCUGCUUGUAAACCACGCCAACAAUAACCAGAGAGGCUACUACAUGUAUGUGGACUCUGUGUACGCCAAGCACUUCCAGGAAGUAGCCAAGCUGACUUCGCCCAUGACCACGGUGCCCAUAGCCGGCUGCCUGUCCUUCUACUACAACAGAGAUCAAGAGAGAGGAAACAUCUUUUCAGUUUUCACCAGAGACCAACUGGGCCACUACGAGGAGAUCUGGAGGCCAGGGGUGUAUGCUACAUCCGGCUGGACUCAAGUCAGCGUCGACAUCAAGGCCCCACACCCGCUGGAGGUGGUGUUCGAGGUGGCCUUCAACAGUGCCAGAGGUGGAUACGUUGCAAUUGAUGACAUCUCCUUCUCACCGGAAUUUUGCCACACUGACACAGAACCAACCUUUGACCCCUCCAUAGCCAACUGUGACUUCGAGAAUGGGCUGUGUCUGUACCAUCAGGAGAGGACAGAGAGUAAGGUGUGGAGCAUAGCGUCAGUAAAGCCUAAUGCCUACAGGAUAGGAGACCAUACCACAGGAACAGGACGUUUCCUCGUGGCAAACACACGUUUUACUUUGCAGCCCGGCUAUGUGGGUCGGCUUCAUGGUCCAUUGUUACCAGGCAACCACAAAUACUGCCUGAGGUUCUACUACCUGCUGCAUGGCUUUAGGAAAGUAGACAAUGCUCUGUUUCUCUACAUUUAUGACGAGAACAAUGUGGCCCAGGAGAAGGUGUGGAGCCUGACUGACACUUCAAAGGCUGUGUGGACUGAGGUGGAGAUCACCUACAUGAAGCCAAUGUUCACCAAGGUCGUGUUUGUCAGCAUAUGUAAGAACUUCUGGGAAUGUGGCCUUGCUGCCAUCGAUGACAUCACAGUCAGCCUGGGGGAUUGUCGAAUGACAGCAGGCUCCCUCCCGGGCCAGUGUGACUUUGAAGGUGGAAUCUGCGGCUACACCCAGGACAAGAGAGAAGACAAAGCCGACUGGCUGAGAAUUCGAGGACACACCCCUACCUCUUUUACAGGACCCCGAGGAGACCACACUACUGGGGUGGGCUACUUCAUGUACAUCGAGGCGUCCCUCAUGCGUCCAGGUGACAAGGCCCGACUGCUGACCUCUGACCUGCGGGGCUCUUCGUCCCCUCAGUGCCUGGUCUUUUACCACCACAUGUACGGCUCCGGCACCGGCAUACUGAGCGUGCUCCUGCGCCGCGCCGACGGACAACGCGACACUUUGCUGUGGCGCCGCCGCGGCGAGCAGAGCGUCAGCUGGAUGAGGGCAAUGGUGGACUACCACUGCGACGUCCGACACCAGAUUGUAUUUGAAGCCAUCCGGGGCCCGACACUGCGGAGCGAUAUCGCCAUCGAUGACAUCCAUUUCAAAAGGGGACCCUGUGAAGAUCCCGGCGACGUCACUCCGUACUCGGGCUUCUCCGAGUUUUUCAAUGAGAUUGAGAAAUGAGACCGGCGGGACGUUCCGCGCAGCUUUUUCUUUGUUCUUUGGAAGUGCAAGUUUGAAGGAGCCUUCGAGACAAUUGACAGCGUUGUAGAGCGAUGCUUUUGUUGCAGCCUGGACCUCCACCCCGCUGUACUUCUCUUUCAUUCACGUCCCCAGUCCAGACAGUUUUUAUGCUAUUGUGUCAUCGGCCCCAGUUCAUGACAACGCAUUGACAACGCAUGACAACGCAUGUUGUCUUGUGGCAGACAGCCACAAGACAACAUAAUGAACACAUUAAUGCCGAACACACCAGGCAGCGGCAACUGACACUUGUUUGGCCUCCAAAACGCAAGCAGGCAAUACUUAAUAAUCCUUUCAUUUUUGCUUCCAAUGUUUGAAUUUACACAUGGAUUGGUUUUCCGAGAGGUGGUGAUGUCAGGAAAUGUCCACACGCCCGUGCGGAUCUUUCCCACGUUUCUCAUCUCACAAUAGAACCACGGUUGCAUUGGUUAUUUUUUUCACGAGAUUCCACACAUUGUAUUAUGUUAGUUCCACUGUGACAAAGGAUACGAGUCCAGCAUCAGUCUUAAGCCACAAUCAGAUAUUGUCACGUUUGUUUUUGGUAAAUGCAGUGUAUCAGUGUCUUCUCAAGACGUGGAUUUGGGGAGGUGCUGGAAACCUUCCCAGGGGAUUGAACCAGUGCCCAGUCAUUGGUAUUGUAACGUUCCCGUGGACUCUCCAGCCAAUCAUGCUACUAAUCUUUAAUCUUCUGCUGUGCACCAGACUGAACGUGGAGGUGUGGGCAGUAAUUCAGAGGUCUGGAACCUGACUACAUACUGUGAGCUUCUCUACUGACAACUAGAC